AUGUCCCUCAAAUACAUUCCAUUGACGGACUUCCGGCUACCAGACUACCCAGAUGCACCUUUAACUGUCGAUAACGCGCCCCUCAGCAUUGUCGACACAGAAUCUCUAGCGUCAGAAGCCACCAACAAGAACAUCACCAUUCCCCCAGCAACAGGCAUAGCAACGCUCCUCUACAACUGGCACCCCAACGCCCUCGCCGCGUUCCUCGAUCUCGACGCCUGGUUCUCAUUUACAUGGACCGUCUCCAUCGAACCCGACACGCCAUCGGGCUGCAAGAUAGAAAUCGGGCGUAUCGGCAACCAAAUCACAUUCGGCCAACUCGACGCAAGCGGCGAGAACUGGACCAUAAUGUUAACCUACAACGUUCAAAAGUGGAAAAAAGGAACCUGGAUCGCCAACCCAAAAGAAUCCAUGCUCGGCCCCCGCGAUAUUACUUCUGCGGCUCUAAUCCCGCGCCUCGCUUCCACCCUCCUAACCCGCCUCCUCACCACGCGCCGCUGGGAAACCGGUAAGCGCAUAAAACACAACCUGUCCAUUGAAUACGCACCCAUGGAUAUCUGGGGCGACGGCAUACCCAUGUCGCCGCACUGGCUCUACAAACCUCUCGAUUUAAGCAGUUGUACUACGUGCGGUGCUACCGCAACACAAGACAAGGCGUUGCAGCGUUGCGGCAAAUGCGGCACAGCGACGUAUUGCUCGGAUGCGUGUCAGAAGCGGGAUUGGAAGGUGCAUAAGGGCGUUUGUACGAUGGGGUUGGAGGACCGGGGGCAGGCGAUUAGGUUGGUGGAGAAAGGGGGGCUGAUUGCGUGGGAUGAGGAGAGGAUGUUUGCGAGGGAGGGGAGUGGGGAGAUGAGUCGGAAUCCGUAUUUUGAGGCGAGGGUGAGGAAGAGGGUUAGGUAUGUGUGA